AUGGAUAUGGAGCCUGGUCUGCAGAACUCCACUGACUUCAUCCUCUUGGGCCUCAUCACCCAUCUCAAAUUCCCUGGGUUCAUCUUUGCAGUGGUCUUUGCCAUCUUUGUGGUGGCUGUAACAGCCAAUGUGGUCAUGAUUCUGCUAAUCCAUGUGGAUUCCCACCUCCACACACCCAUGUACUUCUUGCUCAGCCAGCUCUCCAUCAUGGACACUGUUUACAUCUGUAUCACCGUCCCCAAGAUGCUCCAAGACCUCCUAUCCAAGGAAAAGACCAUUUCCUUCCUGGGCUGCUCACUUCAGAUCUUCCUCUACCUGACCCUGAUUGGAGCAGAAUUCUUCCUGCUGGGCCUCAUGGCCUAUGACCGGUAUGUGGCUGUGUGCAAGCCCCUCCGGUAUCCUCUCCUCAUGAACCACAGGAUUUGCUUGUUCAUGGUGGCGGGCUCCUGGGUUGGUGGCUCCUUGGAUGGAUUCAUGCUGACUCCUAUUACCAUGAGUUUCCCCUACUGCGGGUCCCGAGAGAUCAAUCACUUUUUCUGUGAGAUCCCAGCUGUGCUGAAGCUGUCGUGCACAGACACAUCGCUCUAUGAGACCCUGAUGUACACCUGCUGCAUACUGAUGCUGCUCAUCCCUGUAUCCAUCAUCUCUGUCUCCUACACGCUCAUUCUCAUCACUGUCCAUCGAAUGAGCUCUCCUGAGGGCCGGCACAAAGCCUUUGCUACGUGUUCCUCCCAUAUUAUGGUGGUGAGCAUUUUCUACGGGGCAGCCUUCUACACCAAUGUGCUGCCUCAUUCCUACCACACGCCAGAGAAAGAUAAGAUUGUGUCUGCCUUCUACACCAUCCUCACCCCCAUGAUCAACCCACUCAUAUACAGCUUGAGGAAUAAAGAAGUGGCCACAGCUCUAAGAAAAGUGCUGGGGAGAUGUGCUUCCUCCCAGAGAAUCAGAGCAGGGGAAAUGUCCAGGAAAUAA